CCCACCUGCUCUCAGUUGAAAUAUCUUUCAUUUCAGCCCGUCACUCUCGUUCCUUCUCUAGCCAUGAGUCUGAGAAACAAGCGCAUCAGUUCCAGCAGCUCAGUGAGGAGCAGCGGGAAAAUGGCAGGUUACGGCUACAGUAGUCUCAGCGGGAUCUCUCUGGGAGCAUCUGCCCCUAACUUCAGCACCAGCUCGGCCUACAUUGGAACUCCCAUCGCCAGUGUCUCGGUCAACAAGAGCCUGUUGGCGCCUCUCAACCUGGAGAUCGACCCCAACAUCCAAAUGGUGCGCACGCAGGAGAAGGACCAGAUCAAAUCGCUGAACAACCGCUUUGCCUCCUUCAUCGAUAAGGUGCGCUUCCUGGAGCAGCAGAACAAGAUGCUGGAGACAAAGUGGGACGUUCUGCAGAGUCAGACCCCGGGCCGGUCCAACGUUGAGCCCAUGUUUGUAGCUUACAUGGCCAACCUGCGCAGGCAGCUGGACAUGGUCAACAACGAUAGGACUAAGUUGGACGGAGAACUGCGGAACAUGCAGGGUCUGGUUGAGGACUUCAAACACAAAUAUGAAGACGAGAUCAACAAAAGGAACAACCUGGAGAACGACUUUGUGAUUCUGAAAAAGGAUGUGGACUCGGCGUAUCUGGUGAAAGCUGACUUGGAGGACAAAGUUGGUGCCCUGACUGAUGAGAUCAACUUCCUGAGGACCAUCUACGAAGAGGAGCUGCGUGAACUGCAGGCCAGCAUUACAGACACGUCUGUCGUUGUUCAGAUGGACAACUCACGAAGCCUUAACAUGGAUCACAUCGUGGCUGAAGUCAAGGCUCAAUAUGAGGAUAUCGCUGCCAAGAGCCGUGAAGAGGCUGAAUCCUGGUACAAGUCCAAGUUUGAUCAGAUGUCCUCUCAGGCAAUUCAGUACAACGAUCAACUGCGGAACGCUAAAGGGGAGAUCGCAGAUAUCAACCGCAUGAUCAGUCGUUUGCAAAGCGAGAUUGAAGUCAUUAAAUCUCAGCGUGCUAACCUGGAAACUCAGAUCGCGGAGGCUGAGGACCGAGGCGAGAUGACAGUGAAGGAGGCCAAAGGUCGUAUCAAAGACCUGGAGGAGGCUCUGCAGAGAGCCAAGCAGGACAUGGCCCGCCAGCUCCGUGAAUACCAGGAGCUCAUGAAUGUCAAGUUGGCGCUGGAUAUUGAGAUCGCCACCUACAGGAAGCUGUUGGAAGGCGAAGAGGACAGAAUUGGGCAGCAAUCCAUCGUGAACAUCCAGUCUGUCCCCAACUACAGUUCCAAAGCGUCAAAUAGUUUUCAGCAGAACAGCUCUCCUUCGCCGAAAAUCCUGAUCAAGACUACUGAAACUAGAAACAGCACCAGAUUCAGUACCCACUAAAAGUCUGAAGUACAAUAGACAUGAUAGAAAAUACUAUAUAUACUAUAGCUGUGAACAGUCUGCCUUAAAGUCAACAGACCCUAUUUACUUUCUUAAACUCCUGGUCUAAUUGUGCACAGUGCAUGCUAUUUGUAAUAUUUCGUCAAGGCAAAAUAACUCGCUCUGCCUCUGAAACGACGAUAGCAAUUCAGUCCCUCAUUCGAGUCGACAUUACAAUGGAAGUGAAUGGGGGCCAAUCUGUAAACAUUAAAAUACUUACUGUUUCAAGGGUUUGGCGACAAGACGUGAACAAUAUGCAUGCAAAAAUUAUUUUAGUGUGAUAUAAUGGCUUACGAACCUUUUCUGUGUAAAGUUAUAUCCGAUUUUACAACGUUGCCAUGACGACUUAACGCUGUAAACCCUGAAACGACUGUAAAAAUGAGGAUAUUAACAACUUUACAGUUUUUACAGAAGAAUGAACGUAGAUGCUUUUAUAAAAUUUAAAGCUUCCCAUUUCUGCCUUCAAACCCUCCAGAAAUUGGGCCUUGAAUUGCCCCAGCGACGUUUGUUGGUAAGGCAGCGUUCUGAAAUUCUUGCAAGUAGUUCAAGUAAUUUAACGCCGGUUAACAUUGACGUAGGCCUAAUUAAAGUUGAGGCUAUAGCAAAUGGAAAAAAAGAGUAAAAUAAGCAUUACCUUAUAAUCUGGAGGGGGAACUUGAUCUUCAUCCUCCACAUCCAUGUAAAAAAACCUCCUCCAUAUCCUCCUCCAUUUUUUACUUGUUUUAUUGUUUUACCUGGAAAAAUGCAUCACAUCAUGGAAGUCAAAUGGGUUGUUUUCUGUUGACUUUAAAUAUAGGAGUAGUUUUCUUUUUUGUGAAUCAAUGGUUGAAAUCUUAAAUAAAUCUGAAUUAUCUGAUCUUCGUGACUGAUUAGAAUAUGAUCCAAAAAUAAACUACUGUACAAACAAUUAUGAAAUUGUGGUAUCAGUUAUCCUGUAGGUUGAAGUCAAUGUAAAAACUAUCGCCCAAUUAAGCCGCUUUCACCACCUUGGUUAUCAAUUUCGGCAAAAUCCCAAA